AUGGAAUAUAGCUACAGAUCGUAUCAGCGCGUUUUGAACAUAUCAGUCAAACCAUCGUCUUUGUCAUUAUCACCAUCAACUAGAAAAACAAAAGCCUCGUCCAUAAAGGUCACCAAGCCAAGGAAGGAUGACAGUCAAAUAAAGAGAAGAACCAAGACCGGUUGCUUUACCUGUCGAAAGAGAAAGAAAAAGUGUGAUGAAGAUAGAGUAAAUGGUAAAUGUCAAGCUUGUACUAGAAACUUCUUAGAGUGUUGUUGGCCAGAACCAGCAGCAACUAAUCAAGACAGUCGAAAGGAGCUAAAGGCUGGUAUUAAAUCCCCAACCGUAAAGUCAACCAAAUGUGAUAUUAAUUCAUUAUUAUCAUCACCAAUUAACCAAGAGGCUCCUUUAUCUCCUGAAAUUACAAUGAAAUCUAUGCCACUGGCAGUGAAGCAAGAUGCCAACCCAUACCCAAGUCCGAUUCAAUCCCCAAUAUCGUAUCAACCAGGAAGUCCUAGUCAAGACGUGAGUUUUAUGACCUUGCCUCCAUUACGUAAUAUCAAUUACAAAUUACAAGCUAAGGAUAGUAACGUAAGAGGUCUGCGUUUUGAGGAUGCUACAGAAAAGGAAAACAGGGAUCAUGCUGCUGAAAGCAAGGAUGUGCCAAAUACAAAAUUUAUCAUUACCAGCUUUGAUUCUCGAAAGGAUUUGUGUGAAAUAAAAAAUUAG